AUGCCGGUGGACAGCCCGCACAGCGAGGAUAUCGUGCUGAACAUCUCGCUGCGGCAGGCGGAGGCCGAGCCGGAGGGCGGCGCGGCGGGCGCGCGGCGGACAGAGGAGCGCGGGCCGGCGGUUGCGGAACAGGCGGCGGGCGCGGAGCCGGCGGGGGCCCGCAGCGGCGGGUUGGAGAGCGAGGAGUCGCUGUCGGAGGAGGAAGACGAGGAGGAAGACGAAGACGAGGAGCCGGAGGGCGUGUUUCCGGAGCAGUCGGAGCUUGCGGGGUACAAGCUCCUGGGCAAGAUCGGCGAGGGGGCGUUCUCCGAGGUGUAUCGCGCGGUGCCGCUGAAGGACGGCCCGAACGCGUACCUGUCGAGCCGCUACAAACAGGUGGCCGUCAAGGUGAUCAGCAAAAAGCGCCUAUCUACGACUGCGAGCACGACGGGGAGGCGCCGCGACAAGCGGGAGGAGGCCGGCGAAAACAAGGCGACAUCGCGAGAGCAGGUCCUGAAGGAGAUCACCAUCCACAAGGCGGUGUCCUCGGGCGAAAACAUUGUGACGUUUAUCGACUUCCAGGAGACCGAGUCAUACUACUUCAUAGUCCAGGAGCUGCUUGCCGGGGGGGAGAUUUUUGGAGAAAUCGUGCGACUCACUUAUUUUUCGGAGGACCUUUCUAGACAUGUAAUCAGGCAGCUGGCACUCGCGGUAAAACACAUGCACUCGCUUGGCAUUGUCCACCGGGAUAUCAAGCCAGAAAACUUGCUGUUCUCCCCAAUUGAUUUUAUACCCAGCAAGCGCCAGCAGCUGAGACAGUCGGACGACCCAAAGACAAAACAAGACGAGGGCCUGUUCCGACCUGGCAUCGGGGGCGGCGGGAUCGGUGUGAUAAAGCUCGCAGACUUCGGACUCUCGAAGCAAAUUUAUGCUACCAACACCACGACGCCGUGCGGGACUGUCGGGUACACCGCGCCCGAGGUGGUGAAGGACGAACGCUACUCCAUGAAGGUCGACAUGUGGGGGAUCGGCUGCGUCCUAUACACCGUGUUGUGCGGCUUCCCGCCUUUUUACGACGAAAAGAUCGACGUCCUGACAGAGUUGAUCUCAAAAGGCCAGUACACGUUCCUGCGCCCGUGGUGGGACGAGAUCUCCCCCGGCGCCAAGAACGCCGUGCGCCGCUUGCUCGAGGUCGAUCCGGACAAGCGCUACGAUAUCGACGAGUUUCUCGCAGACCCCUGGUUGAACUCGUAUGACUGCAACGUGCUCCGCCCGCUGGUGCCUCUAGAUCGCCGCAAGCGGCACGCCCACAACCACUCCCACAAGCCCUACAAAAAGGACUCCACGCUGAUCUACUCCCCGGCAGCGGUCGCCAUGCGCGACGCCCUCGAUAUCUCCAACGCAGUCCAGCGUGAGGAGGAGGCCAAGCACAUGACGCCUGGCGGCCACCAGCUGGGCGCCCUGCGCGAGGACGAGGAGGAAUCCGCUGCCGCAUUCGGCGAUCUGGACCACAACAUGUUCCAGCUGCGCCUCAACAGCAGCACCAUCCUCAAGCGCCGGAACCAGAAGAAGCCCGCCCAAGAGGGCAUCGGCGUGAACAUCCCAAUGACCGUGGAAGAGAUUUAG